CAGCGACACAGCCCCGAUGCGCGGCGGUACGUCCUCCACGUCCCCCUUGGCCGUCCCCGGGCGACGGAGCUCGCACUGUGGUAUCCGCCCGACACCACAUCCCCGCUCAUCGGACCAGGACACCGCCUCCUCUCUUCAUCGCGAUGACCAGCCCUAAGAUGAUGCCAGUAUAUAGUCGCCUGGUCAACUACCAGCAGCCACGUCUGACAACUCUACCAUACCCUCAGACACCAUGAAGAUCGAAGGCAAGGCGUUCAUCAUCACGGGCGGCUGCGGCUCGAUCGGCGGUACAACCGCUCGCAUGAUCCUCGAGAGGGGCGGCUACGCGGUCGUCUUUGACGUCCUCGACGAGGCUGCUGGAACUGCCAAGGUCAAAACCUAUCCUCACCCCGAGAGGGCCCUCUACUUCAAGACCGACAUCUCCGACUACGACAGCGUGUCUGCGGCAACGACGGCGGCACUCGCGGCCAUUCCAAAGGGGUCGCUCGCCGGCGGAGUCCACUGCGCAGCCAUUGCUCCUGGUGCCGACUGGAGCCACCACCUCAAGGACUCGGUUCCGAGGUUCGCCAAGGUCCUCCAAGUCAAUGUCUACGGUACCUUUGUGGUCGACGCCUGUAUCGCCGAUGCCAUCAACUCACAGUACCCCGACGACGGACCAUUUGCUCCGCGAACCACCGAGGAACGAGGCAUCAUCAUCAACAUUGCUUCAGUGGUUGCUCGCCCCGUUCCCGCUCGCUGCAUCACGUACGGACCAUCCAAGACGGCCGUGUUAGGCAUCUCGGCCGGCAUGGCCGACUUCCUCGGGCCUUUCGGUAUUCGCUGCUGCACCGUGUCUCCGGCGGUGGUCGCCUCGGCAAUGAUGAGUCCUGACCGCAUCCCCUACUUUGAAACCGAGCUCGACGCCGCCACCAUCUUCCCGCGCCGUCAGUCGGACCCAGCCGAGGUUGGGCAGGGCAUCGUCUUCCUCAUUGAAAACUCAAUGAUGAAUGAUUUCGAGCUGCGUGUUGACGGCGGAUGGAGGAACUCGUCCAACUGGGCUGGUCCUAAAGACCCGCGCGCGAAUGCCCUGUCUUUGGAGUAGGUCAAUUGUAGCUCGGUAUGCAUCUGAGGUAGAUUCAUG